CGUUCAGUGCCUUUGCAGCCCUUCCUUGUUCUUGCUCACUGAUCUGUUGCAGCGUUUGUUUCCUUCACUUGGCUUAUUUCAUAUUGACUAAAAUGGCUACAUUGGUCAGGAGAAUUAUCAGCACAACAAAAGCCCCUGCUGCUAUCGGCCCGUACAGCCAGGCAGUACUGGCAGAUCGGACCGUGUACAUUUCAGGACAGCUGGGGAUGGAUCCUGUCAGUGGACAGUUGGUGGAAGGGGGUGUACAGGCUCAAACCAGACAGGCUCUUGUGAACAUGGGUGAAAUCCUGAAAGCUGCUGGAUGUGGUUAUGAGAAUGUUGUGAAAACCACGGUGCUCUUAGCUGACAUGAAUGACUUUACCACUGUCAACGAUGUUUACAAGCAGUUCUUCAGCUCUAACUACCCAGCCCGAGCUGCUUACCAGGUUGCUGCUCUUCCCAGGGGUGGAUUGGUUGAGAUAGAAGCGGUUGCUGUAUUGGGCCCUCUGACCAAUACUCAGUAACAUGUAAAUCUGUCAAGCGGUAAAAGCUGGAAAACCACAAUGACAGUACAUUUUUACAGUCUUGAAGAAUUUCUAGAACUGAUAAACAACCUUUCUGUAUAACAUUAAUCUGUUUCAUUUGCAGAUGAGUCACAGUUUGUGAGGUAUUAAAUUAAUUAAUGUGUCAU